AUGAAAUUAUUAUAUUGCUUAUUAAUCAUUUUAAAUGUUAUCUCUUUAUCCUAUGGCCAAAAUAACUGUGCUACUUUCUUAAAUGCUUUCCGUGAUGCAAAUAAGUGUUACCAAAUUAGUAUUGCUGGUGUCCAUACUCAAAGUUUAGCUCAAGAGGGAUAUAAAGGUAAUCUUAAAUUCUCCAACAAUGCUUUAAUUCCACAAGCUCCUUUAAUUAACCUCCAAACUUAUGAAACUUCAUGUAAUAAUGGUUUGGUUCAACCAUUUAAUGCCCCAGAUCAAUUCAAAAUCAGUGAUUUUAGAAUCAAUCCAGAUGGCACCCUCCGUAUCAAUACCAACACUGUUUCAUUAACAUGUAGUGGCGAUGUUGCAUCCUAUAGAUUAUCAAACUUUAAUUAUUUUGUAGCUAUAAGAGGUUAUGAUGCAUGCCCAAAAUUAUAUUAUGGUGAAGAAUGUAAUACCCCAACAGUUACUCCAACAGUUACUCCAACAGUUACUCCAACCCAAACACCAAAUGUACCAAUUAAAAUCAACUAUGAUUUAUUUGUAGAUAAUCAAUGGAAUACCAAUGGUGUUCAAUUCUACCAAUACAGGGUUCAAAUCACCAACAAUGAAAACACCGCCAUUAAAGCUAUUCAAGUUCAUUCAAAUAAUUGGAACCCAACUGAAGUUUGGAACAUGAUCAAAUUAUCUAAUGGUGAUUUAUCAUUCCCAGAAUUUGUUUCAUCCAUUCCAGUAGGUGGUACACAUUCAUUUGGUUUUGUUUCUGCUACUGUUUCACCAACCUUCUCUACUGUUUCAAUCACCAGGGUUUAA